AUGUCAAAACAAAAAAGAUUAUUUAUUCACUACCUUUUAGAAAUUGACAACGAAAAAAAACAUUAUUUUACCGGUGGAUUACAAAGUGGUAUCAGCAGUAGUAGUUACAUCGAAUAUGAUAGUGUAGAUGGCAGUUACACUGACGAAGAUGAUAACGGAGGUGGCAGUUAUACUGACAAAGGAAAUAAUAGCAUUAGUAAUUACGUUGAUGAUGAGAGCCAAAUAGGGAAGUAG